AAACAGUUCAGACAAGUUCCAGUCAGGCUGUGAAAGAAAGCUCCGUACAUCAUCUGCAUAAAGAAUGGCACACGUGUUCGGUUCUUCCUGGACAGUUCUGCUCCUCGUGUCCAUCACUGUGAUGCUGCUUCAGUCACAAGCGGUCCAAGGGAACGGAUGUUUUUAUUGGUUGUUCAGCUGUUUCAAACCAGAGCCAGACAAAACAGUACCAAACCUGAAAGAAGAUGUUCUUGCCAAUUGUAGAACCUUUGUUUCAGGAACAGAUUUAGCCAGGUGCAACAAAUUCUGGGACCACUUCACUGCUGCCUUCAUCAAUAAGGAUCCUACAACUGUCAGACCAGAAGCUUAUAAAGAUCUGAUUCAAUCAGAACCGAUUCCAGUGAAGACUGAGGUUCUGCUGUGGAGUAAAACUUCUGACAUGAUCACAUGGCUGAGUGAGAAUGACAUUCAUGAACAUUAUUUCCACAUCGGGGAGACCAUCUAUGGAAGCCUGGAUGUUCCAAAUGCAGUUUGGUGUGGACAGAAAGGGAAACAGGUACAGUGA